UUCCUCUCGGCCCUCCCGGAACCAGGCUCCGCAGCUGCCUCACCGACCUGGGCUGAGAAGGCGGGUCCUCCAUAGCCUUCGAGUCGAGGGCUAGAGCGGCCAGGCCGCCGAGCCGGGUCGAGCCCGGGCUGGCGACGGCUGCGUCACGCGAGGGGCGGGGCUGCCACGGGCGGAGGCCGGAGCCGGAAGCGGAAGAGGCGCUCGGAGCGGGGAGUGGGGCCUAGCUGCAGCCGGAGCCUGGGAGACGAUGCAUCACUGUAAGCGAUACCGCUCCCCUGAGCCAGACCCGUACCUGAGCUACCGAUGGAAGAGGAGGAGGUCUUACAGUCGGGAGCAUGAAGGGAGACUGCGAUACCCCUCUCGAAGGGAGCCUCCGCCCCGGAGAUCUCGGUCUAGAAGCCAUGACCGCCUGCCCUACCAGAGGAGAUACCGGGAGCACCAUGACAGCGACACAUACCGGUGUGAAGAGCGGAGCCCAUCCUUUGGAGAGGACUACUAUGGAUCUUCACGUUGCCAUCAUCGACGGCGGUCACGGGAAAGGGAGCCAUACCGGACCCGCAAGCAUGCCCACCACUGCCACAAACGCCGCACCAGGUCUUGUAGCAGCGCCUCCUCGAGAAGCCAACAGAGCAGUAAGCGCAGCAGCCGGAGUGUGGAAGAUGACAAGGAGGGCCACCUGGUGUGCCGGAUCGGCGAUUGGCUCCAAGAGCGAUAUGAGAUCGUGGGGAACCUGGGUGAAGGCACCUUUGGCAAGGUGGUGGAGUGCUUGGACCAUGCCAGAGGGAAGUCUCAGGUUGCCCUGAAGAUCAUCCGCAACGUGGGCAAGUACCGGGAGGCCGCCCGGCUAGAAAUCAAUGUUCUCAAAAAAAUCAAGGAGAAGGACAAAGAGAACAAGUUCCUGUGCGUCUUGAUGUCUGACUGGUUCAACUUCCAUGGUCACAUGUGCAUCGCCUUUGAGCUCCUGGGCAAGAACACCUUUGAGUUCCUAAAGGAGAAUAACUUCCAGCCUUACCCUCUACCACAUGUCCGGCACAUGGCCUACCAGCUCUGCCACGCCCUUAGGUUUCUACAUGAGAACCAACUGACCCACACAGACUUGAAGCCAGAGAACAUCCUGUUUGUGAAUUCUGAGUUUGAAACUCUCUACAAUGAGCACAAGAGCUGUGAGGAGAAGUCGGUGAAGAACACCAGCAUCCGAGUGGCUGACUUCGGCAGUGCUACCUUUGACCACGAGCAUCACACGACCAUUGUGGCCACCCGUCACUAUCGCCCGCCUGAGGUGAUCCUGGAGCUGGGCUGGGCACAGCCCUGCGACGUCUGGAGCAUUGGCUGCAUUCUCUUUGAGUACUACCGGGGCUUCACACUCUUCCAGACCCACGAAAACCGAGAGCAUUUGGUGAUGAUGGAGAAGAUCCUAGGGCCCAUCCCAUCACACAUGAUCCACCGUACCAGGAAGCAGAAAUAUUUUUACAAAGGGGGCCUGGUUUGGGAUGAGAACAGCUCUGAUGGCCGGUAUGUGAAGGAGAACUGCAAACCUCUUAAGGGUGGCUGUGAAUGUAAUUGGGGAACACCAGAAGAGCCAGAUGUCAGAGACCGUGCUACUUCCUGCCCCCUCUUCUCUCAAUUUUGGGAAGAACUAGGCAGGACUGAGGUGAGGGGUAGGGAAGACCUAGACAUGGCCAGGAAGCCUCUGUCAACUGCAUUUGGUGCUUGGACAAGUGAAUUCCACAGAGGUGAUUUCUACCCACCUGUCAGAACUUUGCACGUGGGGGCAGAGGCACCAAGCCAGCAAGACACCCAGUAGCCUGACAAGUUCAGAGCAAACAUUAUUACAGGCACAAAAAGAAAAGAGCUGCUCAUUGUCCAGGAGGGGAGAAGUAGUCCUCCAGGGAGGCAUCCCUGCCUCCUCAGCCACGCAGCAAGGCUUCCCAGAGGCAAGGGGACCUGCUGUGGCUUCCCACGACCCUGCCAUCACACUGAGACACCUUGUGUCCC